AUGUUUCCAACAAUCCUCCGAAAUUCCUGCUACAAUGGAUGGAGACACACAAUUCUAAGGCAAUUUACAACAUUUAAGACGGCUUUCCCCAAAGCUGCACGAAAUGGAGAAAACAAGUAUUCUGCGCGUAACAUCAAAAAGGACUACUUGCGCCAGAAGGGGAAAUCGCACUCGUCCACGAUUUGGUUAGAUCGUCAGCUGCGAGAUCCCUAUACAAUUAUGGCAAAGGAAGAAGGAUACCGAUCGCGUGCAGUGUACAAGUUGAAGGAAAUAGAUGAAAGAUUCCAUGUGUUUCGGGAAGGAAAUAUCGUGGUUGAUGUAGGCGCUGCUCCUGGAGGAUGGUCUCAGUAUGCGGUGGAGCGUGUGGGGAUAACGAUUCCCCACUCCGUGUUUUCUAUCGAUCUGCUGGAUAUCGAGCCCAUUACCGGAGUCCACUUUCUGUGUGGUGACUUCAUGUCCGAAAGUGCUCGCUGCAAACUGGAGGAUUACAUCGACAACCGCAGGGUGGACGUCGUGAUCAGCGACAUCGCUCCCAAUUUCUCUGGAGAUCACUCGAUCGACCAUGAAAAGCAGAUCGAUAUGUGUGAAAGCGUAAUCGAAUUCGCGAAGCGAGUGGCAAAGAAGGAUUGCUCUGUCGUGCUGAAGGUUCUGCAGGGAGAGGAGUUUCCGUCCUUUAUGAAGUCUGUGCGCUCUCAGUUCCAGUCGGUGAAUUUGAUCAAGCCGAAAGCGUCCAGAAAGAAAUCAACUGAGAUCUAUUGUGUAUUAAAGCAUUUUUUGUAA